AGCGCCGCAGGGAGCCACCAGACACGUUGGAGUUUAACAAACAGCGAUACUCUUCGCGCUCCUGAAAAGCAGGGCUGGACGCUCUCCGUGGUGCUGAAACGCUUCGCAGCCACCGCUGUCCGCGGUACCCACAGCCCCCUCGCUCCGAUUCCCCCCGGGGCGCUCUCCUGCGCCCCUGUUCCCCGCCUGCCCUUAACAUCUGGAUUGUUUUUUCAAUAGCGCUCUCUGGUUUUGUAAGUGCCAAUCUGAAACAUUUUUGCCCCCAUAACUCGUGGACUACAAAGCACAAGGACCUGAAAAAUGUACAGCUUCAAUACUCUUCGACUCUACCUUUGGGAGACCAUUGUAUUAUUCAGCCUUGCCGCUUCUAAGGAGGCUGAAGCUGCCCGCUCCGCGCCCAAGCCUAUGUCACCCUCGGAUUUCCUGGAUAAGCUAAUGGGGAGAACCUCUGGAUAUGAUGCCAGGAUCAGACCCAACUUUAAAGGUCCCCCGGUGAACGUGAGCUGCAACAUUUUCAUCAACAGUUUUGGUUCCAUUGCUGAAACAACCAUGGACUAUAGGGUCAACAUCUUCCUGAGGCAGCAGUGGAACGACCCCCGGCUGGCCUAUAACGAAUACCCCGAUGACUCUCUGGACCUCGACCCAUCCAUGUUAGAUUCCAUCUGGAAACCUGACCUGUUCUUCGCCAAUGAGAAGGGGGCCCACUUCCACGAGAUCACCACAGACAACAAGUUGCUGAGGAUCUCCCGGAACGGGAACGUGCUCUACAGCAUCAGAAUCACCCUGACACUGGCCUGCCCCAUGGACUUGAAGAAUUUCCCCAUGGACGUCCAGACGUGUAUCAUGCAACUGGAAAGCUUUGGAUACACCAUGAAUGACCUCAUCUUCGAGUGGCAGGAGCAGGGAGCUGUGCAGGUGGCAGAUGGACUAACCCUGCCUCAGUUUAUCCUGAAGGAGGAGAAGGACUUGAGAUACUGCACCAAGCAUUACAACACAGGUAAAUUCACCUGCAUUGAGGCCCGGUUCCACCUGGAGCGGCAGAUGGGCUACUACCUGAUCCAGAUGUAUAUUCCCAGCCUGCUCAUUGUCAUCCUCUCAUGGAUCUCGUUCUGGAUCAACAUGGAUGCUGCACCAGCCCGUGUGGGCCUGGGCAUCACCACUGUGCUCACCAUGACCACCCAGAGCUCUGGCUCACGAGCAUCUCUGCCCAAGGUGUCCUACGUGAAAGCCAUUGACAUUUGGAUGGCAGUUUGCCUGCUCUUCGUGUUCUCGGCCCUGCUAGAAUAUGCCGCUGUCAACUUUGUGUCUCGACAACACAAAGAGCUGCUCCGAUUCAGGAGGAAGCGGAGACACCACAAGAGCCCCAUGUUGAAUCUAUUCCAGGAGGAUGAGGCUGGAGAGGGCCGCUUCAACUUCUCCGCCUAUGGGAUGGGCCCGGCCUGUCUGCAGGCCAAGGAUGGUAUCUCAGUCAAGGGCACCAACAACAACACCACCAACCCCCCUCCUGCGCCGUCUAAGUCCCCGGAGGAAAUGCGAAAACUCUUCAUCCAGAGAGCCAAGAAGAUCGACAAAAUAUCCCGCAUUGGCUUCCCCAUGGCCUUCCUCAUCUUCAACAUGUUCUACUGGAUCAUCUACAAGAUUGUCCGUAGAGAGGACGUCCACAACCAGUGAAGGGUCUGGAACGCGGGGGGAGGCUGGGAGAGGGCAGCAGGGGAAUAGCACAGGAAUCUGAGAGACUAAGGAAGAGAAGGGGAAGAGAGGGAGGAGGCACACUUACACAACUCUUUCUCUGCAAUAUGUGCAAUAGCAAAAUGCAGCGAUGCAUGGAUUUUA